CGUUUCCUCCACCUGCCUCAGACUCAAAACUCAAAUCGUUCGUCCACCACAGGCCGAAAACGAGGUCAGCAUCUCGAAAAGGCUUCCUACGUUUGGCAGGCUUCCCCGCAAUUCUGAGUAUACGCAUACGCUACUUGUGAAGGGCGCCUCCAGUGCGCGUCAACCAGCAAACUUAUACCACCUCCGAAAGAAGGAGGUACUACAGCCAACUACCACAGUCUAAGAAGAUGCUUCAUAUGGGUGGCGCCCCAGAGGAAGGGGACCAUCAACCUCCUGCCACCUUCGACGGCAGUCUCGCAGACGCCGCCGGUCGGAAAACAGGAACCGUGAAAUUCUUUAACAGUCAGAAAGGUUAUGGCUUCAUUGUACCAGAAAUGGGAGGAGAGCCGGAAGUAUUUGUUCAUCACACCGCCAUAAAGAAUGCUGGGGGAUUUAGGAGCCUUGGCGAGGGGGAGAUUGUCGAGUUCGAUGUAGUGCAGGGGGCGAAAGGAUUCCAGGCGGCCCAUGUGACCGGACCGGGCGGCCAACCAGUUCAGGGCGACCUUCGGGCAAUGAAACCUUUCCGUCCACCGCAACAGCAAAUGAGAUACGUAUUCGACUACCGAGGCAACGGGCAGAUGAUGCCAACCUCUCCGGUUAUGGCACCGAUGUCUCCCGGUGGCACCUACCCCACAAAUAUGGGGCAAGCGAUGCCAGGGGUCUACGCGCCACAAGGAUGGAUGUACGCACCUUACGGAUAUAACAGUGGCGCGAUGCCGAGUCGGCCGUUCUAUAACAACAUGUAUUCGAGCUCGGUAACGCCAAACGAGAACCCGAUGGAGCCCCUAGUCGGUUCAUCGGAUGCCGAAGCCUUCAUGAACGCGGGGUACCGGAACAUUGGGGUUCCGAACGGUAAACUUGCACGAAAAUGACCCGACUUUCGAGUGCUCAAGUAGAAGAGACAUUCCGAGACACUCUCUAUCACCCCUCAUUCGCGGUCGUAGCAAAAACGCUCGUGGGCUCCUAUAAUAAGGAUAUUAAGGUGGAGACUCGACCGAAAUCAGACUAAGGUUGCUCAUAAUCCCCUAUUUAUUGAUACCACGUGAAGGGAUAUAAGUUGCGGGCUAUGCAUACUAGCUAACCUGCUUACGUGUAAGCAGUGCGCGACGGCCUUUGGUUCUGGGCUUCUAGGCGAUUCGCGCGCGGA